AUGACAGGCCUCAUGGCCGGACGAAAUAGUACUGUUUUGUCUGCCUUCACUCGCUUAGCGGAACAGGUUCGAAGGCACUCAACACGAGCACGGCUUAGCACUGCUGUACCACUUGGCACAAGGAAUAACCAUCAUCAACAUGUGACUUCGGCGGAGCGAAGUCGGGACCUUCUCCUCACCAUUUUGGGCAGCUCACCGACCAAGCGUGAUGCUAAAGCCUAUCUUGAUCGGUUCAAGCCUGCAUCACCCGAAGCACAAGCCGUGCAAGAACGGAAGAAGGCUGCCUUCCUUGACCAUCUAUUUAAGUUCCCGGAUCAACAAGAGGAUGCAAGUGCCGAGAUCCAGUUUGACACGUCUCAAAGAAUACAUGUGGCGUUGGUGCAACUGCGAGGGGUACAAAAGCUAUCCGAGGAAGAGCUAUUGGGUGUAGCUCGGACCGUCGUGAAACUGGAACAGCUGGGCUUGGUGUCAGUGAUCGUUGUCGACGCUGAUCUCGACCAAACAGCAGACAUCCUGACGUGGAAGCAGAAUAUGUUUACGACUGUGGAUCGCGUAGUACAAGUGAUCGAGGAGGAAGGCGGUAGGGCGCGUCCCCUAUGGAACGGCCUCUUUGGACAAAGUCACAGGCAAGUGAACAGCAUCAUUUCGCCCUUCUUGCUGGUAGCACCUCUCAACCGCGGUCAUAUUCCCGUCAUUGCCCCGGUGGCAUACGACGAAGACAGCUGUCUACAUGCAAUAUCCGCAGACGAAGCAAUGGUUGCAUUGGCCAAAGUAUUUGCGCCGAAGUCACCGUCCGACGGCUUAUCAAACCUGAUCAAUGAUGUCUCUUCCGCAUUCCUGCUCGACAAGAUCAUCAUCAUCGAUCCGCUAGGGGGUAUCCCAUCCGAAGAGCGGAAAGGACGGUCACACGUCUUCAUCAAUCUUCAGCAGGAAUACGAAGAAAUCAAGGCUCAGCUCAUGGUUGAUCGGAGGGUAAAGAGACAGCAAAAUACCAUACAUCUUAGGAAUUUGCAAACAGUGCACGCCUGCUUGGCUCAGCUUCCUUCGACCUCUUCGGCUCUCAUCACUACACCAUCAUACACAGGAGCAAAAGGAACUGCAAACAACCCGGACCCACUCAUCCAUAACCUACUGACAGACAAGCCAUCAUUCUCGUCAUCACUUCCUGUUGCGGGCUUGCGCACACCAACGACAGACACUACCAUCGUCCGAUAUGGCCUGCCAAUCGCCAUUCAUGCGGGACCUCAGUUAUCAUUGGUCAAUGGUAAUAUUGACUUGAAUCGAAUGAUCCAUCUCAUCGAAGAUUCAUUCCGACGAAAGCUCGAUGUGGAGAGGUAUUUGAAGAGGGUUGAAGGCAACCUUGCUGCUAUUAUCAUCGCCGGAGAUUAUGAGGGAGCUGCAAUCAUCACUUGGGAGAACGCCUUGAAAGACGGUGACGACAAAAUCGCAUAUCUUGAUAAGUUCGCUGUUUUGCAGAAGAGUCAGGGAGCCGGCGGGGUUGCAGAUGUCAUGUUUAAGUCGAUGCUGUAUACAUUUCCUGACGAGAUCAUCUGGCGCUCUCGGAAGAACAACCCAGUCAACAAAUGGUAUUUCGAACGUGCAAAGGGAACAUACAAGUUACCCGAAAGCAACUGGUGUUUGUUCUACACAGGCGAGAUCGCUGGUGUGGACCGAUUGCAAGACUAUAUGAACGUUGCCAGAGAAGUCGAAGGAUCAUGGGCAGAUUGAUCAUCGUCAAAGAUUACAUUGGUGACAAAAAUUAGCGGGUAUAAAACAAUGAAAUGCCGCUUAACGCCAAGCUACCGAUGCUUCCCAAUAGUUCCCAAAUACCAAACACCGUCCGUGCAUACCAGAAAACAAACGCUUAUGUUCAGAUACUGCACUCAUCUAGUAAUCCACAGCCCAUCCGUUCUUCUCUAAGA